UGGCAGGGAGAAAGACCGCGGGGAGGGGUAGGAGAGGGAAAACUUGGCAGGAGGAGCGAGGCUGGAGAUCCUCGCUUCAUCUCCUGGACUGCGCGGCUUCUAUUGAAGUCGGGUGGCGGAGCAAGUGGUCCCACUCCCGAUUCCUAACGCUAGAACUCCUGGCUGGGGAAGGACCGACCGACAAGGUGGACCUAGCGAAUCCAAAUUCUAGAGCAUCUGGCGAGGGAGGCAGCGGCGUCCAAAGAAACAGGCUGAGAAGGGAUACGUGGAAGACAAAAAUGCCAGUUGCUUUACUAAAUCGAGUUGUCAGCCAGGUGCUACAAAAACCUGUUUGUGGAUGUCCAACUGCCAUUGUGCCUAUUCGGUUUCUGGCUAUUUCACCUCGCCAAGUUCCAUCUGAUGCCAAUUUUCAUUCGGUACCUUUUUCUAAUAGAGAGCAUCCACGAGUACUAAUAACAGGGGGUCUUGGACAACUUGGUGUGGGACUUGCUAAACUUUUGAGGAAACAAUUUGGAAAGGACAAUGUGAUCUUGUCUGACAUUAGGAAACCUCCCGAUCAUGUUUACUACAGUGGGCCAUUUAUUUAUUCUGAUAUUUUGGAUUAUAAGAACCUUCGAGAAAUAGUGGUCAACAAUCGAAUCACAUGGCUCAUUCACUAUAGUGCCCUACUAAGUGCUAUUGGAGAAGCGAAUGUACCGUUGGCAAGAGACGUAAAUAUUACCGGUUUGCAUAAUGUUCUGGACAUUGCAGCAGAGCACAGUCUGCGACUCUUUGUGCCUAGUACUAUUGGUGCUUUUGGGCCUUCUUCCCCACGGAAUCCAACCCCUGAUCUCUGUAUUCAGAGACCCAGAACCAUGUAUGGAGUGUCUAAGGUUCAUGCAGAGCUCAUAGGAGAAUAUUAUCAUUACCGGUAUGGUUUAGACUUCCGGUGCCUGAGGUAUCCUGGAAUCAUUUCUGCUGAUUCCCAGCCUGGUGGAGGAACAACUGAUUAUGCAGUUCAGAUUUUCCAUGAUGCUAUAAAAAGUGGCAAGUUUCAAUGUAACUUGAAACCAAACACUCGGCUUCCCAUGAUGUACAUUGAUGACUGCCUUAGAGCUACAUUGGAAAUCAUGGAAGCUCCUGCAGAUUCUCUCUCCAUGAGGACUUACAACAUCAAUGCCAUGAGUUUUACCCCUGAAGAGCUGGCACAGGAAGUUGUCAAGCAUGUACCUGAGCUCCAAGUCACAUAUAAUGUAGAUACAGUUCGCCAGGCCAUAGCUGACAGUUGGCCAAUGAAUUUUGAUGAUAGCAAUGCUCGAAAGGAUUGGGGGUGGAAACAUGACUAUGAUCUUCCUGAACUGGUGACAACUAUGUUCAAUUUUCAUAACUCUGAGUCCAGAAUUGCUCAUGCCAGUUAACCCAAAGUAAUGGUUCCUGAAUCCCAGGGGAAUGUGAAAGAAAUUCUGAAAUUAGUUUACCAUAUUAUAAGCCUUGUACCUUAGGCAUUAUUUGAACUGACCAAUUAUAAUUGGCUCUUGGGUUUAAAAAUCGCUCACAUACUUGGUAGAAGACUUCUCAAAUCAAUCUCCCAGUCCUUUUAAAACAGAAGUUCUUAAUCUUUGUAUGUGUCACAGACCCCUCUGGCAGUCAAUCUGGCGUUCCUGUCAUCCCCUUGGGAGAAUCAUGUUUUAAAUGACUAAAAUAAAAUAUGUAGGAAUUAAAAGAAAAUCAAUUAUAUUAAGAUUAAGAUGUAUUUUUUUUUCACAUUCAAAUUAGUGGACUGAAAUCUAUCUACAAACCUUUUGGAGAUUUGUGGAUCUGUGAAGACUCCUGCUUUAAAUGGAAAAACAAUUCUUGGGUUUAUGCAUUUUAACAUAUGGGAAAAUCUGUAUUGUUAUAAGGAAUCAUUGGAUCUUUCCUGUUUGCUCAAAUUUGCCUCUCUGAGACUCUUAAUGAAAAAUAAAGAAUAUAUAGAUAGAUAUUUA